GAGAGAGAGAGAAGAAGAAGAAGAAAUGGUGAAGAUCUGCUGCAUCGGAGCGGGCUACGUUGGUGGUCCAACAAUGGCCAUGAUCGCCUACAAAUGUCCCGACAUCCAAGUCGUCGUCGUCGACAUCUCCGUCUCCCGCAUCAAUGCCUGGAACAGCGACCGCCUCCCCAUCUUCGAACCUGGCCUCGACCAUGUCGUCAAUUCCUGCCGCAACAACAACCUCUUCUUCAGCACCGACGUCGAAGCACACGUGGCUGAAGCCGACAUUGUCUUCAUCUCCGUCAACACCCCAACCAAAACACGAGGCCUUGGUGCCGGCAAAGCCGCUGACCUCACCUACUGGGAAUCCGCCGCUCGAAUGAUCGCCGAUGUAGCCAAAUCCGACAAGAUCGUCGUCGAGAAAUCCACCGUUCCAGUCAAGACCGCUGAAGCCAUUGAAAAGAUCCUCACCCAUAACAGCAGAGGGAUCAAUUUCCAGAUCCUCUCCAACCCUGAGUUUCUCGCCGAAGGUACUGCAAUUGAAGAUCUUACUAAUCCCGAUCGUGUCCUCAUCGGCGGCCGAGAGACCCCAGAGGGUCAAAAGGCUGUUGCUGCCCUGAAAGCCGUCUAUGCCAGGUGGGUCCCUGAGGAUCAGAUCAUCACCAUGAACCUCUGGUCGGCCGAGCUCUCCAAGCUCGCUGCCAACGCCUUCUUGGCCCAGCGGAUCUCAUCCAUGAAUGCCAUGUCUGCCCUUUGCGAGGCCACCGGUGCUGACGUGUCCGAGGUUGCCUACGCCAUCGGCAAGGACAUGAGGAUCGGAGGUCGGUUCCUUAAUGCCAGCGUUGGGUUCGGCGGUUCUUGCUUCCAGAAGGACAUCCUCAACCUCGUCUACAUCUGCGAAUGCAAUGGGUUGACCGAAGUGGCCAAUUACUGGAGACAAGUGGUUCAGGUCAACGACUACCAGAAAGCUCGAUUCGUGAAUCGAGUGGUGUCGUCCAUGUUUAACACUGUAUCUGGAAAAAAGAUUGCAAUUCUUGGGUUUGCAUUCAAGAAAGACACCGGCGAUACGAGGGAGACGGCGGCGAUUGAUGUUUGUCAUGGGUUGUUGGGGGAUAAAGCGCAGCUGUCGAUCUAUGAUCCCCAGGUGACGGAGGAUCAGAUCAGGCGAGAUCUGGCAAUGAACAAGUUCGAUUGGGAUCAUCCGCAGCACUUGGUGCCUACUAGUCCUUCGGCCAAGAAGAAUGUCACUGUGACUUGGAAUGCUUACGAGGCGGCCAAGGGAGCUCAUGGUGUCUGUAUACUGACUGAGUGGGAUGAGUUUAAGACUCUGGAUUAUCAGAAGAUCUAUAAUGAGAUGGAGAAGCCGGCGUUUAUCUUUGACGGAAGGAAUGUGGCGAAUGUGGAGGCGCUGAGGAAGAUUGGGUUCAUUGUGUAUUCGGUUGGGAAGCCAUUGGAUGCUUGGAUUAAGGAUCUGCCAGCUGCCGCUUAG